AUGGGAUGUCCCGCCCCCUUCAGACAGAAUAAGAAAGAGCUGACGUGCAUCCUUUACAAUUAUUCACUGCGGUCCCUGCUCCCUGUGAACAGGAAACUGCUCAAAAACCAUGUAAGGCAUUUAAUUUGACCGCGACUCCACAACCAGAGGACAAGAAAAGCAGCACUUUGGCGGAUCCAAACUACCUGGAGUGAGUGUGCUUGUACUCACAGUGAUCCCUAUUGUAACCAGCAGACUUUAAGAGAAGAGUUUGGUCGCCUCUCAACAGUUCUGAGGCUGCGUUCAUCGUGCAACUUUCUUCAGGUUAGAGACUCCAAUUGAAGAGGUGUGACUGAAAGUCUAUGUGUGAUUCCCCAGCUCCUCCUUGGACAGGCUCCAACAGUGAACUGGGCCAGACGUACUGACAGCGCCCUCUAUUGUUUAAAAUGCUUCAGUACGCAGAGUAAACACUGGGCAGUCUCUUUGGGACAUUCCUGGUAACUCAGUGGUAGCAAUGGCUUUGUUCAGUGACUAUGAGGGGGAUGAGAUCAUCAUCAGGCAUUAUAACUUUACAGGAAGAUUGUUCAACAGGACAGAGGGUGUUUCCAGCAGUGCCAAGACUGCAGUCUUCCUCCUGGCCUGUAUAUUGAUCGUCAUUGAGAAUCUGAUGGUGCUUGUGGCUAUUUGGAAAAACAAGAAGUUUCACACGCAGAUGUACUAUUUAAUCGGGAAUCUUGCCCUUUCAGAUCUCUUGGCCGGGGUGACUUAUGUGUUUAACAUCCUCAUGUCUGGACACCGCACUCUGACCCUGACACCGACAGAAUGGUUCAUCAGGGAAGGCAGUAUGUUUGUUGCCUUGUGUGCAUCGACCUUCAGUUUGUUAGCGAUUGCCAUUGAAAGGCACAUGACCAUGGUAAAAAUGAGACCGUACGACUCUAAGAAGCAGUACAGGCUUUUCCUGCUGCUGGGUGCUUGCUGGAUGAUCUCCAUUCUCCUGGGGCUCUUGCCGCAAAUUGGAUGGAGCUGCAUCGACAGACUCAAGUCCUGUUCGACCAUGCUGCCACUGUUUGCCAAAAGCUACGUGGCCUUUUGCAUCACCAUCUUAACCGCCAUCUUGUUCUCCGUUGUGAUCUUGUAUGUCCGCAUCUACCGGCUGGUCAGCUCAAGCAGCCGCAAGAUGAAGGUGAGGAAGAACACCAAGGGCAGCCAAUCGGAGAGGGCCAUGGUUCUCCUGCGCACAGUGAUGAUCGUUGUGGGUGUCUUCAUAGCCUGCUGGUCCCCUCUCUUCAUCUUCCUGAUGCUGGAUGUCGCCUGUAGUCCCAGGCAGUGCAACAUCCUCUACAAGGCAGACUGGUCCGUUGCCCUAGCGGUGCUGAACUCAGCCCUGAACCCCAUCAUUUACACCCUAUCCAGCAGGGAGAUGCGAGGGGCCUUCUUUAAGUUGCUCUGCUGCUGUUUGGUGGGCUCAGACGUAGCCAGGAGCUUGCCGAUAGCACCGACUGCAGACAACAGCCGGAGUAAGUCCAGCGGGAGCAACUUUAACAAACCCCGGGAUGAGGUGGACUCCCCGACAAUGCUCAUUUCAGCCUGUAUAGUCAAGUCGAGUGAGAUUUCACUGGAAAAGGGCAAGUCUUGAAUUCUGUGGCGUUUCCCAGAAUAAUCCAAGGAAAGCAUCUUGACUCCUAUCAGGAUUGUGAAGUAAAGACAGUUGAUGUCAGUGUUUCUGUUUUUAAUACAUACAGACUUCCGUUAUCUUGUACAAAAUAUCACCGUAAUGUUGAUAAGCACUCAAUGACUAUAGUGAAGGUUAUUGGUUUGCUGCACCACAAAUCCACAGAAGUCCUGAUCAUUGGUUUAUUGUUAGAUCACUGCCAUAAUUUACUUUCGUGCCCACAAGUUAGUGAAGGUAGGGGUAAAAAGCAGGGUGGGUGUUGUCUGGUUACAGAGAAGUAAGACAGUCAGCCAAAGCCAUCUUGUUGAGUGAAACCUGCCCUAAAGUGUGGUCGGUGUAUGAGAAUCGGAAUUGCCACUGUUGCCAUCAUUUCUCCUCCCCUGGGAGUUAAUCACUCACCCACCCAGCAGGGCUCUGGGGAACUGGCAGUAAAUGGGAGCCAGAUCCCAUUCCCAGCAGAAAUCCCAUUUGCGAGCUCCCUAGAGUUAUUUCUGAUCUGUCCUCAGAUUGAGGGUCAACCUUUUCAGAAGCAGAUGAGGAAGACUUCCUGCCACUAAAGACUUCCAAUACUUUGGAAUUCUUCCCCCAGCAGAGCUCCAUCACUGACUAUAUUCAGAAUGAGUAUCAGACUGAAAGAACAGAGGAGUAUGGGGAUAUUCGGGAAGGUAAAGUGAGUUAGAAAAUCAGUCAUGAUCCUGUUGAAGCAUAGAGAAGUCCGAAAGAGUCAAAGGCCAACUCCAGCUCCUAUUUGUUAUGUUCUGAAGGUUAUCCUGAGAUUUCUGUUCCUGCCUCCAAAAUGUCCCCUACUCUGUCUCAGUCAUUUCUGCUCCUUAACUUUAAAAUGGCCUUGAAACCUAUUUGUUUUAUUUUUAAAAUACUUGCCUAAACUUGCUCCCUCUUAAGUCCUCUCUCUCUCUCUCUCUCUCUUUGUAUCUAUCUCUCCCUCUAUCU